UAGACUGCGGUGCGCACGCGCAUUCUACGCACUCCUGCGCGCGCUCUUCGAAUUAAGGAUCCAUGGAUUAUUCUUAAUUUAAAAACAGAUUAGCUUAUAAAUGCUCCGUCUCUUUCUCACGCGUGGGAGUGAAAUGGCUUAAGUUGUUGUCCUGUGUAUUUGUUUUAAUAAGUGACAAUGUUGUGGUAUUUUAUAGUGGGGUUUAUGUUUGCAUUGGUGCAUCGGGAUGUCAAUGCGAAUUUUGUGGAAGAAAUGGCAAAAACCACUAAGUUGUGCUGCGGUCAUGGCACCAAGUACGCCACGAACCACACAUCCGAAGAGUGCUCGUCUUCAGUUCUUCCCAAAGUGAAAGGGGAAUUGGAGUCUCUUUGCCGCAUCGCCAUGGAGUCAUGCUGCAGGGAGUAUUUCCAAAAAAUGCAGGACUGCGACACUGGUAUCGACAUAGCGACUAGCACAAGCAGAUGUGACAACGUCGCCGAGUCAGGAAAGGUAUGCUGUAAGGAGUGUCUCCGAGGAACCUCCAGUGGCGUGUCCAGGGGUGAGGAGGUCUGCGUGGUACAUACUGCAUCUACCAGCGCAGAAGAAUUGCUUCAAUUUAACGCAUUCAGCAAAUGUUGUCAGAAAGCCGCCAAAGAACGGAGUAAAGAAGUUGAGUCUCGUGUACCUGAAAAUACCUUGUCCAGGCGACCAAGUCACACAAUUCCAUCAAUUUGUGAAGACUACGCUCCUAACGAGUUGUGCGCGCAUCAUUGUAUACCAGUGCCGGGGUCAUUCAAAUGCGAGUGCAACCCGGGAUAUAAACUAAUGGCCGACGGAAAAAAUUGUAUAGAGGUAGAAAAGAACAGAUGUAAACCAAGGAACCCGUGUCAACACAAGUGUAAUGACAACGGUAUUGAAGUUAAGUGUUCGUGUCGUAGAGGAUACGAACUGAUGGCGGACGGCAAGUCGUGUAAAGAUAUCGACGAAUGCGUACUAAACCCUCCUGUUUGUCUACCCGGUACACAAUGCUACAAUGUACAGGGUUCGUAUAAGUGCAUGCCGGUGAAGAAGAAUAAUAUGGAGAAGGGUCAAUGUCCGCCAGGUUUCAAGAGGAAUCUUUUAAACAAUGUAUGCGAUGAUAUAAAUGAAUGCACCCUACCGUAUCCCCCAUGUCCAUCAUAUUUGUGCGAGAAUACAAUUGGAGCUUACAAGUGUGGGGGCGUUACUGGAGACCCCAACAAUUUGUCGAGCACCAUGCGAACCCCGCCUGAUGAUCGGUGCCCGCCGGGAUUCAAAACUGGUUUCAAUGAGGAAUGUGAAGAUGUGGACGAGUGUGCUAUUCACAAGGAUGACUGCAAUCACAUCUCUCAGUUCUGCAUCAACACACGUGGAUCCUUCCAUUGUCAGGACAAAGGGUCCAAACAUUGCCCACCCGGCUUCAAAAUAAACAGCAGGACUAGCAAAUGUGAAGAUAUAGACGAAUGCGAAGAAAGUUCAGAAAUCUGCAGGCCUGACCAAAUGUGUGUGAAUCAACUUGGACAAUACGAUUGUAAACCCAAGCUGGAUCCGAGCAGACUGUCUACAUCGUGUCCUGAUGGUAUGCGACAUAGACCUGGCUCCACAAUCUGUGAAGAUAUCGACGAAUGCUUGGAAGGAAUCCACCUUUGUGACCGGCAUCAGAAUUGUCUGAACACCAAUGGUAGCCAUGAGUGCCACUGCAAACUUGGUUACGAACUGGACAUAAUCACCUCUGCGUGUGUUGAUGUGAACGAAUGUGCAACAGACCAACACAAUUGCUUGGCGGACUCCCAACGAUGUGACAAUACAGUGGGAUCAUUUAUCUGCGUCAGGUACCUCUCAUGCGGUACUGGAUACAUCUUACAUCAUGCUACUGGAGUUUGUGAGGAUAUCGACGAAUGUUCCCUCGGCACGCACAACUGCGCCCGCGCAGGUCCUCAGUACCACUGCGUGAAUAUACCGGGCUCGUUUAGAUGUGUGCGCAAACGAACCACUACCACUACAGCUGCACCAGAAUAUGAAUAUUAUUAUGUCGACUCAGAUGAAGAAGUUGACGAAGACAAUGAAACUAAACCGCAAUCACCAGAUAAUAAAAUAGAAAACAAAAUAGAUACGCCUGUUACUACAACUACAGAGGUUCCAAUUUCCCAAAGUCCACCUCCUAAGCCAAGUGAAGAACCUACUGUGGAAGAGCCUACCUAUAAAAUAGAGGAAAAAGACGAUAGAACCAAUGAAAUUAUACCUCCACAAGUACAACCAACUAAUCCACCAGAAGUAUCAUACAGUGAACCCCCACAGAGUUCAGAAAGACAGCCUAAAGUAGUUGAAGUGCCUCCAACUGACACAAUUAGUUAUUAUGAACCGAAUACACGUGAACAGGAACAAAGUCGACAAGAACCUAAACCAGUGGAACCGGUGCCAAGUCUAGAACCUGAGCCAUCAAUACCCAUUCAACCUUACCGACCUCAAGAACCUGAGCCUGAUAUAAAUGAAUCAGUUCAACCAAAUACAUCAAGGCAACCGGAAACUACAUACAGUCCUUCCACAGAAUCGUCAUCGACUCUUGGUUCUCCCAGAAUAGUUGAUGUUGAUGUUGUUAUCGGAAAAGAUACAGCAAGUGUGGACGGUGAAAAAACUCAGGACGGUGCAAUCUUUGUCGAUACUAAUAAUGUACCUAAAAACGAAUGGACUAUAAUAAACGAGAAACCAGCUAGUUGUCAAAGUGGUUUUGAAAUGGACGAAUAUGGUGCUUGUUUUGAUAUCGACGAAUGCGCUACAAACCAGCACGUCUGUUCUGGCCUAAUAGAGUCUUGUAGGAACACUAUGGGAUCCUAUGUUUGUGACUGCGCAACUGGUUUCCGUAGAGAUUUGACUACAGGGGUGUGUGACAUCAUACCAACGUCGUCAUCCUCGACUACCAGUACUACACCACCUACAACUACCCCAUCAACCACCGAAAAACCUCGCCGCUACUUCUGGGGAUACCCUGACUAUAGACCUCCCAGACUGAGACCAUUCAGACCCCGUAACUUGUGUGAUGCGGGGUACCAUCACAACGCAGAAACGGGCCAAUGUGAAGAUAUUGAUGAAUGUACAAACGGACAAGCAAAUUGCGCGGCUGUAGAGAUAUGCGUGAACACGAACGGUGGCUACCGUUGCGAGUGCCAACCCAAUUGGAUACUGGAUAACGUGAGACACCAUUGUGUGCAAAUCAGAAACCCUGACCAGUUCCCGCCUGGAUAUGGUAAUGAACCUGAAUACCCACCACCAGAUACCGAUGGGUCCAGUUACCCCGAAACGAGCGGUCACAAAUAUGUGGAACCUGAAAUAAUCAAAGUUGACAAUCGAGGAACGGUCAUAAAGUGCCCCUGGGGGUACAAACUUGGCAUCGAUAAUACUUGUGAAGACAUAAAUGAAUGCGUGACGCGCGAGGCCAAGUGUGGUCCGCUUCAAGUGUGCACUAACUUACCUGGUGGGUAUACCUGCAGCUGUCCUCUGGGACACAGGCUGGUGGGAGACCACCAGUGUGAAGAUGUUGAUGAAUGCAAGCAGCCUGAUAGUACGCCUUUAUGCUCCCAAAAUGCUGACUGUAUCAACACAAUUGGGUCUUAUACAUGCGAUUGUCAUAAGGGAUUCAGAUCAGCCCCAGUGAAUGAAAAGAUUUGCAUGGAUGUAGACGAAUGCGUGGAGGCCCGCUCCGGGACCUUAUGUCAGCAGCGCUGCAAUAACGUUUGGGGAGGUUACAGGUGCUCUUGCCAUAGAGGGUACAAGCUAAACAAAGACAACAGGACUUGUUCUGAUGUGGACGAGUGCGUGCAGUACAAAUCGAAGAAGUUAUGUGUGGGGAGGUGCCUUAAUGAACCUGGAAGCUACCGUUGCAGUUGUCCACAGGGAUAUCGGCUUAGUGAAGAUAAGAGAAGUUGUAUAGAUAUUGAUGAAUGCGAAACUGGGGAAGCGCCGUGUGCCAAACUUGGUAUAUCUGGAGGUACCAGCAAUGUCUGCCAAAAUACAAGAGGUUCCUACCGGUGUCAUCGCAUUGUCUGCUCACCAGGAUACUACUUGGAGAGUAAGAAUCGCUGCUCAAGAAUUGAGAAAUCGUGCCAUAACAAUGAUUGGGCUUGCAUGCAUCAACCGUUGACGUAUUCACACAACUAUAUUACAUUCGUCUCCAAUUUGUACAUUCCAGAUUCUGAGGUGAACCUAUUCACCAUGAAAGGACCAACGAAGCUAAAUGACGCCAAGCUAAAGUUCCAGAUGCGGCUAGUAGACGUGAAUGCGCCGCCGUCGGUGAAGGAGAAAGCUAAUAUUAGCUCAUUCUUGUUGGAUCAACAAACGUAUUACCAAGCAGCAGUGGCUCUGGUCCGUCCACUCAUUGGACCACAGAGUAUAGAACUGGAAUUGUCUAUGGAACUGUACAGUCAACAACAAUUCGAAGGGAUCGCCGUCGCUAAACUAUUCAUACACGUGUCGGAAUACGAAUUCUAAAUGUUAAUACAAGUUUAUACUACAUAAUAAUAUAUAUUAAAGAAAGAAAGAAAGAAACAUUUAUUGACAACCAUUUAACAUACAUAUACAUACACACUCAGAACAAUUACAAAAAACAUCUAUAAUAUUUAUUUACAAGGUUGGCAACAUAGCCGACGGUCACCAUUUGCCGUGAAAGGAUUCUGUAAUGUUGAUACUGAGAUGCUGUACAUGUGUUGUGAUAAAUACCUUCUUAAAACGACGUGAACGUAAAAGUAUUUCAAACCGAUAUUAACUAUUAUAUUCUAACCGUCCUAUUUAACGUCAAGUCAAAAAAAAGAACUUUAAUAAAGUGUAAUUAAAUACCAUCUCGAUCACGUCGCUAUUCAAAUAAAAAAUAGGCAUUUCCAUUCGUUAAUUUAGGAGCUACAAUAUCACAAACAAACAGACACAUACGUCAAACUUUUAACGCCCGACACAAAAAGUGAAAUGCUUUUUUUGGGUCGUCUGUCGAGAAAAAUAGUACAAUAGCUGCAAUUGAGUAUAUAAUACUCCUCAUUUUUCUGGGGGGGGGUUACAACUCGACAUUUUUAAAAAUAUUCUGGCCAUUUUAACAGACAUAAUCUCAAAAUCAUUAUUUGAGAAUAUUUUAGUCACCUAGUGUUUUUUAUGUAUUUUUUAAGUAUAUAUACCGCACUAGUUUUGGCAACUGUUUCAGUUGUGAACUGUCUUUUACAGGCUGAUUAAUAAAAAUAUUUUUUUUGGUUUGAUGCCCAAAAAUUAUUAUUUUUAUUAAUUAAUAACUUAGUUUCUUUAAGAGAGUUGUUCAGUUUCAUGUAAGUUCAUAAAACUGAACAACGGUCUGAACAAUCAGUAGCUUUCGGCUUAGCGUAUCUUUUACGAUUAACCCUGUAAAGAUUGAUAUUUCUGUAUUGUGUUUGUUAUCUAAUUUAAUAGCAAACGUUAAGGUUGUGUAAGAACAUUUUUAUUAUAUAAGUAUCAAUUGAAAACUGGUUUUAUCUGGUUCAGUUACUUACGUUAGUUUACAUUAAUUAUAUUGUCAACCGGGUCUUAAUGUCGAACUGUCGAGAGGUAAAUACUUUUAUUUGCCAUAAAAUUAUUUGUGUUAAGACCCGGUUAGCAAUAGAAAUUAUGUUAGUUUGUAUGUAUUAAAUGUGAUGAUAUAGUUAAGCUUGCCCAUAUUGCUUAACUCUUGACGCAAAGAUUAAAGUUAUAAAUAAUGACUGAAUGGAAUAUCAUAAAAGUACAGUUUGUAGGUUAUAAAAAGUUUUGAUAUAUUAUUCA